GCGGCCGCAGGAGCCGGCGGGGCAGCUACGCGGGGUCCUCGCGCGCCGCCCACGUGGGGCCGAGGCGAGCUCCGGGCCGGGUUCCGGAGGUCUGGCCGCGCCAGCGGGUGCCGGCGCCCGCCCGUGUCCGCCUGUGCCAGCGCGUCGCCGUGCGCCAUGGCAGCCGCCGGCGGGCUGCUCCUCCACGUUGCGGAGUCCCCGGCCGCCGGCCCCGGGACGCUCUCCGGACCCCGCUGGGCCCAGGCGAGGCGGCAAGCAGAGGCCACCAAAAGAAAACACCAAGCAUCCGGGGAGGCUCCCCCAGCGAAGCGGAGGAACAAGGCAGCGUUUCUCCUGGCCAAGAAGGCUGCUGCUAAAGAAACACAAAGGACUUUCAAGGGGAAGGCACAGAAAACAUUUUCUCCAAGGAAAUCUUUGGUCGGUGUGAGUGACGGAACCCGAGAACAGAAGCUGUGCGUUAGGACUUCAUCGUUAUUUAAAAACAACCCUGAAAUCCCAGAGCUCCACAGACCUGUAGUGAAGCCGGUGCGAGAGGAGGUGUUCACUUCGGAAGCUUUCCAUGGACUGGACCUCCACCCGCAUUUAAUUUCCACAAUAAAUACGGUCUUAAACAUGACUAGUAUGACCAGCGUUCAGAAGCAAAGUAUUCCGGCGUUGCUGGAAGGCAGAGAUGCUCUGGUGAGAUCACAGACGGGCUCAGGUAAAACUCUAGCCUACUGUAUCCCUGUGGUCCAGUCUCUUCAAGCAAUGAAAUCAAAAAUACAGCGCAGUGAUGGCCCCUACGCCCUGGUGCUGGUGCCGACACGAGAGCUGGCUCUGCAAAGCUUUGACACUGUCCAGAAACUGCUUAAGCCAUUUACCUGGAUUGUGCCUGGAGUGUUGAUGGGAGGAGAGAGAAGGAAAUCAGAAAAGGCCAGACUCCGCAAAGGAAUAAAUAUCCUUAUCUCGACUCCUGGGCGGCUGGUGGAUCAUAUCAAAUCCACGAAGAACAUUCAUUUUCGUCGGAUACGGUGGCUGAUUUUGGAUGAAGCAGACAGAAUCCUGGAUUUGGGUUUUGAAAAGGAUAUCACGGUGAUACUCAAUGCUGUAAAUGCUGAGUGCCAGAAACGACAGAACGUCUUACUGUCGGCGACACUCACGGAAGGUGGGACCCGGCUAGCUGCUAUCAGCUUGCUCAAUCCGGUCAGGAUUUCUGUCCUGGAUGAACACCGUGCCCAGUCUGAGCCACAGGGCGGAGCAGUUCAGGAGGCCUCCCCUCCUCCCAGGCCUGGCAGCGAGCCGGACAGCUUUGCGAUUCCGGAAAGUCUCCAUCAGCACGUGGCAUUGGUUCCCAGCAAACUGAGGCUCGUCUCCCUGGCGGCCUUCAUCCUGCAGAAGUGCAAGUUUGAAAAAGACCAGAAGAUGAUCGUGUUUUUCUCGAGUUGUGAGCUGGUGGAGUUCCACUACCAUCUCUUCCUGCAGACCCUGCCGAGCCGCUUCGGGGCCCCAGCGUCCGGGCAGCCGCCGUCUGCGUCCACACGAUUAAAAUUCCUGCGGCUGCACGGCAACAUGGAGCAGGAGGAAAGGACAGCAGUGUUUCAAGAAUUCUCGCAUUCCAAGACAGGCGUCCUUCUUUGUACGGAUGUUGCAGCUCGGGGCUUAGAUCUCCCUCAAGUCACGUGGAUUGUUCAGUACAACGCGCCAUCGUCACCUGCUGAAUACAUCCACCGGAUCGGGAGAACCGCCCGGAUUGGCUGCCGUGGGAGCAGCCUGCUCAUUUUGGCUCCUUCGGAGGCAGAAUAUGUCAACUCGUUGGCUUCUCACAAAAUCAACGUUUCUGAGAUGAAGAUGGAAGAGAUUUGUCUGUUCUGACAAGGGAUGACUGUUCAAACGGGGCCGGUACGGAAGCCAGAAAUCCCGUGCUGCCGGCCCCCAGGAAAUCCGAGAGCGAGCCACAGUCCUGCAGACGGUAUUUGAAGAUUACGUGCACUCCAGUGAGAGGAGGGUCUCCUGGGCAAAGAAAG